CCACCAUAUUAUGUAUUCUUCUCUCGGAGAAAGGAAAAACAGAGUAAAGCUUUUGAAAAGCAGAGCUUAAUAAGAGCGCCUUUUUUCGUCAGCUAAGUUCAAACGCAGAGACGAAGGAUCGGAGAGAUGGGAGAUGUAAUAAUAUUCAUCGAAGAUACAGAUAUAAAUUCGAGUUUCUCUCGCUGCAGAAUAUGUCACGAAGAAGAAGAAGCAGAGAGCUACUUUGAAGCUCCUUGUUCUUGCUCAGGCACCGUCAAGUUCGCUCACAGAGAUUGCAUACAACGAUGGUGCGAUGAGAAAGGAAACACGAUUUGUGAAAUAUGUCUCCAGGAUUAUAAACCUGGAUACACCACAACUUCAAAACCAUCUCGUUUAGUUGAAGCAACAGCCACGACCAGGACGAGGAGACAAUACGGAGGAAGAAGAAAUCGAAGAUUAGUGGACAGAACUGAAUCAGAAUUUCCAGAAUGCAACUCUGAAGCUAACAGAGGCGAUUCUUGUUGUAGAUACUUGGCUCUCAUUCUAUCGGUGGUUUUGUUGAUAAAGAAUGCGUUUGAUGUGGUUUAUGGAACGGACGAGUAUCCCUUCACGAUUUUCACGGAAUCUGAAGAAGAUACGUUAAGCUCUGAAGAUGAUGAUGGCUUGGAGGAGGAAGAGCAACAGCAACAUUUGGUUUGAUUUUUUUGCUCUCCGUCAUCAUCAUGUUAUUACUCAACACAUAUACAAAUAGGAAUCUGUAACCACUAGAAACUGUUAAUUAAUAUUCAUAAAGAUCUUUAAGCUAUAAAACAAGAUUAGAGGUGAAAUAAAGUACCUCUCAUAUUUCAACUUCAUCCAACAUCUCAUAUACUUGGUUGGGAGAAAAUAGAUACGUUUUGGCAUUUAAAGUAAAUAUAGCGCGAAAUUUAGCGGACAGGUGGAGAGAUGGACGGUAGCGAUCUAAUAGAGAUUUACAUAUUUAAAACCCAUUUUCCGUACAUAAAAAGAGUGUGGCUGCCGGGAUUCGAGCCCGGGUCUCCACGGCCACAACGCGGGAUACUUACCACUAUACUACAGCCACUUUGUUGGUUAUUAUUUACAAUUCCUUAUGUAUUAAUUGUAUAGAUUCAGAACAAUGUAUUUUCACAUGCAAAUGCUUUUCCAAAUGCAAAAUAACUUUGUCAUUCAUAUUCGUAUAUGUUUGUUUUUAGAAGACA